GGGCUUUAGAGAGGUUUAAAAUCUUUACGGUAAAAAAUUGUAUUUGAAACUGUGACCAAUAUGGAAUCGUUGUCAAAACAAGAAUUAAUUUCCACUAUAACUAAGCAAGCUGACCAAAUAAAACGAUACGAGGGCCGUCUCAGAGAUGUGGUUGCUGCUUAUAAAGGUUUGGCAAAAGAAAAGGAGGCAUUGGAGAUCAGUUUGAAGGCUUUGAACAAGACAGAGUUGCCAGCUGAGGGACGUAGUGAUUCUGAUUCAGUGGCUGCCCUAACAGUGUCCCUUUCUACUUUGGCUGCAGAAAAAAGUCGAAUGGAAGAGGCUUUUCAGGCUGACAAGAAAGUUACAAGGGAAAAGUAUGAGAACUUAUUAUCAGCAAUGAGAGAAGAAACAAAGACUCUAGUACAACAACACCUUGCCGAGGUGAACAACUUGAAAGCUAAGAUUUCCUAUGAGAUCCAAGAAAGGGAGAAAGAGAGGGCUGAUCAUGCUGCUAUGAUGAAGGAACUUCACGUCAAACUGAAUGCAGAACGAAAAACCAAAGAGAAGUUGGAAGACAAAGUGUGCCACACUUCCGAAGCACAAGCAUCGCAAGCGGAGCUAGAGAAGCGAGUGAGAGAUCUCAGCAGUUCAUUAGAAGCAGCACAAAGGAAGUUGCAGAGAGCCGAAGCACGUACAGUUGAAACUCCUGCUAUGUUGGUGCGAUUGCAACAGAAAUUGACUUUGGUUGAACAGUCACAUUCUGUUGCUAUAAGAGAGGAGCAAAUAAAAGCGAAACGCGCAGAAGAAGCAGCCCGCAAACUCUGCGCUAGACAAGAAGAAAGAGUAGCGUUAUUAGAAGGAAAGCUAGCAGAACUGUCCCAGACGAUAGGAGAAUACGAUUUGAGAAGACGACGAGAUCAGCAGCUCAUACAACAGUUAAAAGAAUCAUUGAAUGGACGGCUCUUGGAGAAAAUUGCUUCGAAUACAAGCGUUUCAGAUGAACCGACAGUGCAACAGAAAAGCGAAACUGACAACGAGAAAUUAGCGGACAGCGAGUACUUGCAGACUUUAAUUGACAAAAUACACAUACUUAAAAAGGAAUUGAUCGCCGAAAACGACAAACUUGGCAAUCCAAUUGACAUAACUACGAUUUUUAAAGUAGAAGGUUAUAGCAAUGUACACACAAAAUGUUUAGAGGAUUAUGAGAAUUUAAAGGCCGAAUUUGAAAAUUACAAACUUCAAAACGAGAACCCAAGGGAUAUAAGGAACGAGCUUCAAAGUGAAAUUACAGAUUUGAAGAACGAAAUAGGUAUUUUGAAGGAGAAAGUCGAUACGUAUAGAAUGUUGUUGGAAGAGGAGAAACAGGACAAGGCUGACAGCUUAAAACUUUGUGAAGAUAAACUCAAAAAUGAGCAAGAUUACCACAAGGAAAUAACUUCGGACCUCAAAAUGCGUAUCCAGAGUUUGGAAAAACAAGUUCAAACUCAAAGAGAUCGAUAUGCAGCACUGUUGGAGGAGUCUGAUAAAUAUAUCAAAGCGAGAAGUGAACGGACGAGGCGAGUCAGCGCUGAACAACAUUGGCACGAACCCGCUGUUCUACCUGACGUGACGACUAUGCCGCAUAUGUUGCACUAUGCUCACGAGUUGGCUAGAAAGGACCUCGACAUCUCGCAACUCAGGAAGGAGAAGCACAUACUCGAGGGACAGUUCAGGGAUUGUCAGCGUGAAGGAACUAUUGAAAAAGAACGGUUCAAAGAAGUAAUAAGAACAUUAAAAGAGGAGAUAGACAGGUUGAGAAGAAUCCAGUCCCGCGAAGGUGCAAAUUUGGAGUACUUAAAAAACGUAGUGAUAGCGUAUCUCAUGUCCAACGUAUACGACUACGACGGACGUAGACAUAUGCUCAACGCCAUCGCCGCCGUUCUGCACUUUACACCGAACGAAAUUACUCAGGUUAUGUCUAAUGUAUAGAAGUAACUAUGAGGUACAUAUGAUUGAAAUAUAUUUGAGGUAUAUGUUUAUGCUGGAAGAGACCAGGGCUCAGCGUUUGGAGUAUUUUAAAACGUUUUAUCGAUAAAAGAUAUAGGUGUAGAGGCCUAUUAAAAGAGGCUUAUUUUGUGUAAGGUUUUGACAACGUAACAAAGGACCAAAUGUAUGGACCUAACUUUUUUACGACAGUUUCAAGCGUCGAUAUCGUUUGGUCAAUCUGUAGAUGAGACGUAAAGAACCUUUAAGAGACUAAUUCAAAAUUUUCCCGUACUAAUAUGGUUUAUUUUGCUUGGGUCGAGCGACAGGGACACUGGCUGUAUUUCAGAAUUCACUUUUUUAUAAAGGAAAUUAAAGCCAUUUGUAAAAUUUCGAGAUAAGUUUGUGUUUUUUUCUAUCGUGACAGUUUGUAGGAAUCAUGUUUUCACACCCUAUACUAAUCAGUGUAUAUCGAGUAUGAACUGGCAAUCGUACUAUCUCAGUUUUGACAACUUUACAACGAAGAAAGAAACUGUUUGCGUCAUUUAUAUAGCAUCUGGUUUAUUAAUUAAAAAUACGUAGUUUUUAAAUAUUUUUAUUACACAUGUAUAUAUACAUGCUCUAUAAAUCGCGCACAUUCAUGCACUGUACAUCCCCUAACCCAUUAUACACACUUUUCACUCAAAAUUUUUACAUAUAAUCACUUUCUUAUCACACUUACUAACUUUUCUGUUGAAACUAAUUUGUCACAGUACCUUUUCUCAAAAUAACAAAUAAAUAGUGUAUUUUCAAAUCAUCACUCCAAUUUACCCUUAACGUCUUAGUAAUUUCAAAAACAUCACAAUAUUGUACCAUUGAGAUCCAGUGGUGGAUACCUGGUGACCUAUAAUACAGGUCCAACCUAGUUUAGGCACCAGUCUUCCACCUCACAAUUUUCACUGUAUGAUGUUCUUUACGAUAAAUACCCUGUAAUUUGUAUUGUUAAGGUGGAAAGAACAAUAAAUAAAUUAUAUAAAUUAUUAUUAUUAUUAUAAAUGACGCAAACAAUUUUUUUCUUCACCCGUGAAGCACAAAUUAGAAACAUCUGUAAAGUUGUCAAAAUUGAGAUAGUACCGGUUGCCAGUUCACAGUCGAUAUCCUCAAUUUGUUCCUAAAUGAUUGAUUCAACAGUUGUACUGUUAUGCGGGAUCAUCAAGUAUAUAACCAGAAAUAGAGACGAAAUAAGGGCCCUAUAUUCCUGGUAACACAAUAGCGAUACAGUUCUUAUAAAUAUGAACUCUCGUUUGUACUGAAUUAUAGACAGGCCAACUGCUGACCUGUGUCUACGUCUCCGUAUAUUCCAAAAAAUAUUCUGUAUUUAUUGUAAUAAAGAUAAUAUCUCUCUCUAACAAUGCCGUGCUGUUCUAUUCGGUGGUG